AUGUUAUAUCCUAUCUCUCAUUCCAUGUCAUAUUCAAAUCUUUCUACAUCAUACUAUCACUACUCUCUGUCUAUUUCCUCUCACGGUGAGCCUAAGUCAUAUGCUAAAGCGUGUGAGUAUGAUUGUGUAAACCAAGUUAUGCAAGUUGAUUUGACUACACUUGAGAAUACAUGUACUUGGAAAAUUGUAUAUUUUCCUCCAAAUGCCAAGCCAAUUGGAUGCAUGUGGGUUUACAAUAUUAAACAUCAUGUUGAUGGCACCAUUGAGAGAUUCAAAGCUAGGCUAGUUGCUAAGAGUUACAACCAAAUUGAAGGCCUAGACUACUUUGAAACCUACUCUCCUGUUGCAAAUUUAACUACAAUCAGAAAUGCCAUUGCUCUUGCCUCCAUCAAUAAUUGGCACCUUCGCUAA